GCGUUACCCAAGGUAAUCGAUUUUUUUUUUUUUUUGUCUCGUAGCCCGCUGCUCGAAUCCCAUAAGCGGUCGACCAAGGAAUAAACUAUUGAAUUUUCUAUCAGGAACGGGGGCUGAUUAGGGGUUUGGGAAAAUAAACGGGAGAUUCUUUCCCAGUGACUCGCACCCAAUUCAACAUCGUCACUAGAGAUUCAAUUAACAAUUAGAUGGGAUAACAGAAACCGUAAUAUCUGGAUUAUUCGGACCUGAAAAUUUUCCAUCCGAUGGCCUGCAUCAAUACCAUAAUCGCCUCUGCCAAUUUGCUUCCCAUUUCUAACUUUAGAUGCAGAAAUCCAUUAACUACUUCUGGCCGAAUCGCAAUUGGGUCAGUGAAAUUAUCAGCUACAAGAAGUUUUAUAGGAAAUUUGGAUAUUGGUCAAAAUCAACAUAUAUACAAGAAAAGAAAGUAUAAUAAGGACUCACUUGUUUUGGCUAGCACUGAGUCUGCAAAAGAAGAUAAGGAGCCACGGUCAAUUGAGCUCUAUAAUCAGAUUGAAAGGUUGAUUACUAGCACUGCAAGACAAUCCCAGAAUACCUGGGGAAGUACAGGAAAUUGGGAAGAGAUUGAGGGAGCAUGGGUAUUGAGACCAAAUAAAGGCAAUCUAUCUGCAGUGGUUCACUUUGUGGGUGGAAUAUUUGUUGGAGCUGCUCCUCAACUAACUUACCGAUUGUUUUUAGAGCGUCUUUCAGAGAGGGGUUAUCUUGUGAUUGCAACACCAUUUGCUAGUGGAUUUGACCACUUUCGCAUCGCUGAUGAAGUACAAUUUAAAUUUGACCGGUGCUUACGUCUUUUACAAGAUAAUGUGCGCGAUCUUCCAACUUUUGGUGUAGGUCAUUCUUUAGGGACAGUUAUUCACCUUCUGAUUGGGGCUAGGUAUGCUGUGCAGAGAACUGGCAAUGUGUUCAUGUCUUUCAAUAACAAGGAAGCGAGCCUAGCUAUUCCACUCUUUUCUCCUGUGAUUGUACCUAUGGCUCAAAGUUUUGGUCCAAUCCUCAGCCAGCUAACAUCUUCUCCAACAAUCCGUCGUGGGGCAGAGAUAGCUCUCAAACAGUUGGAAAGCCUAAGUCCUCCACUUUUGAAACAAAUCCUCCCAUUAGUUGAACAGCUUCCUCCACUAUAUAUGGAUUUGGUGAAAGGAAGGGAAGAUUUUAUGCCACGUCCUGAUGAAACCCGACGAUUGAUCAAGUCCUAUUAUGGUAUAAAUCGGAAUCUGUUGGUGAAAUUUAAAGAUGACACCAUAGAUGAAACGCCAGUAUUAGCAAAUGUUUUAAGCUUUGAAUCUGCAGUGAGUUCUUGUCUUGACAUGUCUGUUCGUACUCUUCCUGGAGAUCAUGGUGUCCCUUUACAGCAGAUUCUCCCUGAAGUUCCUCCACCUAUGGCUGAUGCAGUAACAAGGGGUGGAGAAAUUCUUGCAAAUUUAGCGGCAGGAACACCUUGGGAAACAGUGGCAAAAGAAGUGAAUACAUCUUUCGGUGCAGAUACUGGCCUUCGUCAACAAAUCAUGCAAGACAUAGAUCAGUUAGUAGAUGAAAUUGCAACUUGGAUGAUGUCUAGCUCUCUUAAAAUUUUACCAUGAAAUUACACAUAUGAUCCCACCAUGAGGACCCUUGAAGUGAUGGCUCAACUCUCCCAUUACUGAGUACCUCUAUAUCAGUAAUGGCAAUGCAAUAUGAAGGACGGCAAUACACUACUUGAACUUCACAUUAGCUUGGAAGAAAUGUUGACGCCAAAUGGGCAAUCCUACUUUGGUAACCUGAAACUGUAUCAAAAUUGUAUGCAUAGUCCCAGAGUAAUUUACAAAUAUCUUGCAUAAGUA